UUGGCGAUGUUAACGAAGUGAAGAAGCUCCAACUGUCCAACUAACUUAACUUCGUCUUCUCCGCCUUCUUUCUAUUUCCCCCUCUUUCAUCAUUCAUUCAUUUACUAACUCACUAACUCACUCAAUUCAUUCAUUCAUUCACCAAAACAUGGCUUCAUCAUUUUUCACCGCCACCACCGUCGCCGCCGCCACCAAUUCCCCCACCCUAUCCUUCUCCUCCGCCCUCUCCUGGCGCCGAUUCUCCGUCGCCGCGCCACUCUCUAAACCGCGUCGGAGGCCUUACUCCUCGGUCCAAUCAAAGAUCAGGGAGAUCUUCAUGCCCGCCCUAAGCUCCACCAUGACCGAGGGCAAAAUCGUCUCGUGGAUCAAAUCAGAAGGCGACGUUCUCGCCAAGGGCGAAAGUGUCGUCGUUGUUGAGUCCGACAAGGCUGACAUGGAUGUUGAGACAUUCUACGACGGAAUCCUCGCCGCCAUUGUUGUCGCCGAGGGUGAAACCGCCCCCGUCGGCGCUCCCAUCGGCCUACUUGCCGAGUCCGAGGAGGAAAUCGCCGAGGCCAAGGCCAAGGCCGCCAAUUCGGCUUCCUCCGCCACCGCGGCCACUCCAAUUCAGCCAGAAAAUUCAAGUCCUGCGCCGGCCAUCUCCCCGCCUUCUCCACCUCCGCCUGCUAAGGCGAUUUCCGACGGGCUGAGGAAGACGGUGGCGACGCCGUACGCGAAGAAGCUCGCGAAGCAGCACAAGGUGGACAUUGGAUCACUGGUUGGGACUGGUCCGAAUGGAAGGAUUACUCCUGCUGACGUGGAGGCUGCCGCCGGGAUCACGCCGGCGGAUAGUAGUGUGGCUCCUCCGACGGUGUCCUCAGCUCCACCAAAAGCCGCCGCCGCUCCGUCGGCCGCGUCGGCUUCGUCUCCAGGUUCUAGUGUUGUCCCCUUCACGACAAUGCAAUCCGCGGUUGCGAAGAACAUGUUGGAGAGUCUCUCUGUUCCUACAUUCCGUGUUGGGUACCCCGUGACCACUGAUGCACUUGAUGCUCUUUAUGAGAGGGUGAAACCGAAAGGUGUGACGAUGACAGCUAUUCUAGCCAAGGUUGCUGCAAUGGCACUGGCUCAGCAUCCGGUGGUGAAUGCCUCAUGCAAAGAUGGGAAGAACUUUGCCUAUAAUAGUAACAUUAACAUUGCUGUAGCCGUGGCAAUCAAUGGUGGCUUGAUUACCCCUGUUCUUCAGGAUGCAGAUAAGUUGGACCUAUAUCUUUUGUCCCAAAAAUGGAAAGAGUUAGUAGAAAAAGCUCGUGCUAAGCAAUUGCAACCUCAUGAGUAUAAUUCAGGAACUUUCACGCUUUCAAAUCUGGGAAUGUUCGGAGUUGACAGGUUCGACGCCAUACUUCCUCCAGGCCAGGGGGCUAUCAUGGCUGUUGGAGCAUCAAAACCCACUGUUCUGACAGAUAAGGAUGGAUUCUUCAGUGUAAAAAAUAAAAUGCUGGUGAAUGUAACCGCUGAUCACCGAAUAAUCUAUGGGGCUGACUUGGCUGCAUUCCUUCAGACAUUCUCAAAAAUUGUUGAAAACCCUGAAAGCCUAACAUUGUAGUCAUUCAACACUUUGGCAUAAGUAUCUGUGCUUAUCCACCAGGGAUGAUGAGUUGAUAGUUUUUACUGCUUAUCCACCAGGCUUAAUGCCUAAUAUUUUGUAUUUAUCUUGUACUUUAAUUUUGUUACACAUUUUCAGGGUCUAUCCCAAGUGACGUUGACUUGAUUUUGAAGGGGUGAAACAGCUUUGAUUUUAGGUUUUCAUCCAGUAAAGGAUAUUGUAAACGGAAAUCUAUGGUGAGAAACAGGGUGUGAGUAUAAUCAGAA